UCGAAUGGACGCGACGCAUCGCGAUACCGAUACUUAGCAGGAUACCGAGCAUCCCGUGUCUUGGAGCACGCGCGUCGUCGUCGACGUCGACGUGGUCGUCGUGCAACAACCACCCGGCGCGAUGGCGAACACCGGGGUGUUGCCGUUCGUGCGAGGCGUGGACUUCAGCAGCAACGACUUCGGCGAUGGCAAAUUUCCAGAAUCUAUGCGUCUCAUGACUGGAAUACAAUGGUUGAAAUUAGACAAAACAAAUUUGACAGAGAUUCCAGAGGAGAUGGGCAAAUUAUUGAAAUUGGAACAUCUGUCACUUGUCAAAAAUAAGUUGGAACGCUUAUAUGGAGAAUUAACAGAAUUGGGAUGUCUCAGGACGUUGAACAUAAGACAUAAUAAUAUAAAAUCUAGUGGUAUUCCAGCAGAAUUAUUUCACUUAGAGGAAUUGACAACAUUAGAUUUAAGUCAUAAUAAUUUGAAGGAGGUACCUGAAGGCCUAGAGAGAGCACGUUCUUUGCUCAAUCUUAACUUAAGCCAUAAUCAUAUCGAGACUAUACCAAAUACACUGUUUAUCCAUUUGACAGAUUUAUUGUUCUUAGAUCUUAGCCACAAUAAAUUAGAAACAGUACCACCACAAACUCGACGAUUGGCUAAUCUACAAACUUUAAAUUUGAAUCAUAAUCCUUUGGGUCAUUUCCAAUUAAGACAACUGCCAUCAUUGAUGAAUUUAACAACAUUACAAAUGCGGAACACACAACGAACAUUGAGUAAUAUACCUUCUAGUCUAGAAACCUUAACCAAUUUACAAGAACUUGAUUUGUCACAAAACAAUUUACCUCGAGUGCCUGAUGCACUUUAUUCUUUAUCAAAUUUACGUCGUUUAAAUCUCAGUGACAAUCAAAUAAUGGAACUAUCAACAGCAAUUGAACUUUGGAUGAAAUUGGAAACUUUGAAUGUAUCACGAAACAAAUUAAGUGCAAUUCCAGCUUCUCUAUGCAAGAUUUCUACAUUAAAAAGAUUGUAUUUAAAUGAUAAUGAAUUAGAUUUUGAGGGUAUACCUUCUGGAAUAGGAAAAUUAUCAUCUCUACAAGUAUUCUCUGCUGCUAACAAUCAUUUAGAAAUGAUACCAGAAGGAUUAUGCAGAUGUGGUGCAUUAAAGCAAUUAAUAUUAACAUCAAAUCGUUUAAUCACUGUACCAGACGCUAUUCAUCUUCUUACUGAUCUAGAACAGUUAGAUUUACGAGACAAUCCAAAUUUAGUGAUGCCACCAAAACCAACAGAAGUACAAAGGGGUUCGGGCAUCGAAUUUUAUAAUAUCGACUUCUCAUUGCAACAUCAAUUGCGUCUUGCUGGUGCUAAUGUACCAGUUCCAGUUCAAGCUGCUAACAGUAAAGAUCCAAUUGCACGUAAAAUGAGGUUGAGAAGAAGAAGAGAUCAGGAAGAGGCUGAUCAAGAUCAAGCUAAGAUACUUAAAGGCAUGAAAGACAUAGCAAAGGAGAAAAAUAAAGAUAAAGAAUGUGAGGAAUCAAAAGCAGAAUCCUUAAAGCCCAAGCGAUGGGAUGAAGCUUUAGAAAAACCACCACUAGACUACUCCGAAUUUUUUGACGAAGAUGCUGGUCAAAUACCCGGGCUAUCGGUUUGGGAAAUAGAAAAUUUUCUACCAAACGAGAUCGAGGAGGUAGCACACGGCAAGUUUUACGAAGGUGAUUGUUACAUCAUCUUAAAAACCGGGAUAGACGAGGGUGGGUCGUUGACCUGGGCAAUUUAUUUCUGGAUUGGAGAAAAGGCAACGUUGGAUAAAAGAGCGUGUGCGGCGAUCCAUGCUGUAAAUUUGAGAAAUUACUUGGGCGCACAAUGCCGAACAAUCAGAGAGGAACAGGGAGACGAAUCAGAUGAAUUUCUAAUGCUAUUCGAUUCGGAUAUUACAUACAUCGAAGGCGGGCGAACAUCGUCUGGUUUCUAUACGGUGGAGGAUACACCGGCAAUUACUCGUCUAUAUAGAGUACACGCGGCAGGAGCAUCUAUACAUUUGGAACCAGUUCCAGUCUGUAUUGAAUCUCUGGAUCCUGGUUAUGUAUUUGUUCUUGAUACAGGAAAUAAAAUAUUUAUGUGGUAUGGAAAGAAAGCGAAAAGCACGCUAAAAUCCAAAGCGCGACUGAUGGCGGAGAAAAUUAAUAAGAACGAACGAAAAAAUAAAGCCGAAAUUUUAACGGAAGUUAUGAACACCGAAUCAGAAGACUUCCUGCUACAUUUAGGCGUGGAAGAACAUGAACGGAAAAACCUGCAAAUUAUUGAACACGUAGAUCCAAAUUUUAUGCCUCUUACGCCUAGAUUGUAUCAAGUUCAACUUGGAAUGGGUUAUCUGGAAUUACCGCAAGUCGAAGUUCCUCACGGAAAAUUAACAAAUACCUUGCUGAAUAAUCGCAAUGUAUAUAUAUUAGAUUGUUAUUUGGAUGUAUAUGUUUGGUUUGGUAAAAAAUCAACAAGAUUAGUGCGCGCUGCUGCUGUAAAAUUAUCUCAAGAAUUAUUUAAUAUGAUAGAAAGGCCGGAAUAUGCAAUGGUAACAAGACUGCAAGAGGGCACUGAAUCACAGAUCUUUAAGUCUAAAUUUAUUGGAUGGGACGAAGUGAUUGCUGUGGAUUUCACUAGGACAGCUGAAUCGGUCGCUAAAACUGGAGCAGAUCUUACUAAAUGGGCUAAGCAACAGGAAACCAAAGCGGAUUUGGCUGCUUUAUUUAUGCCGCGACAACCAUUGAUGUCAGCUGCCGAAGCGCAUCAACUCAUGACGGAGUGGAACGACGAUUUGGAAGGAAUGGAAGCGUUGGUGUUGGAAGGGAAAAAAUUUGUUCGCCUGCCAGAGGAAGAAUUAGGACAUUUUUACAGUGCAGAUUGUUAUGUUUUCUUAUGUCGGUAUUGGAUGCCACUGGAUAUAACAGAGAACGAAGAUGGUGAAGAGCAAUACGAAGAUGAUUAUCAGUGUACAGUAUAUUUUUGGCAAGGUAGAGAUGCAGGAAAUAUGGGAUGGUUAACAUUUACAUUUAGUUUGCAAAAGAAAUUUAAAUCGUUGUUUGGUGAAAACUUGGAAGUUGUGAGAACACAUCAGCAACAAGAAAAUUUAAAAUUUAUGAGUUAUUUCAAGCGUAAAUUCAUCAUUCAUCAAGGCAAACGUAAACAGCCGAAACCUGCAGGAAGUAACAAAGUGGAGUUUUAUCAUCUGCGAAGUAAUGGAAGUGCCUUGUGCACUCGGCUUAUCCAAAUACCGGCAGAUUCAACAUUAUUAAAUUCUGCAUUCUGUUAUCUCUUAAAUGUGCCAUUCAACAAUUCUGAUGAAGGAACCGGUAUUGUAUACGCGUGGAUUGGGUCGAAAGCUGAUUCCGAAGACGCUCGUUUAAUCGGAGAAAUUGCAGAAGAAAUGUUCAAUAAUCCUUGGAUAAGUCUGCAAGUAUUAAACGAAGGCGAAGAACCAGAUAAUUUCUUUUGGGUAGCACUAGGAGGAAAGAAACCUUAUGACACUGAUGCAGAGUAUAUGAAUUAUACAAGACUAUUUAGAUGUUCUAAUGAGAAGGGAUACUUUACAAUUAGCGAAAAGUGCACUGAUUUUUGUCAAGAUGAUUUGGCAGAUGAUGAUAUAAUGAUCCUCGAUAAUGGAGAACAAGUGUUUCUUUGGUUAGGCACUCGUUGUUCGGAAGUCGAAAUCAAAUUGGCCUACAAAUCGGCUCAGGUAUAUAUUCAACACUUGCGCGUGAAGCAACCUGAGAAACCGCGUAAAUUAUUUUUAACUGCCAAAGGUAAGGAAUCUAAGAGAUUCACGAAAUGUUUUCAUGGUUGGGGUUUACACAAAAGACCACCACAGUAAAAUCGAGUCAGUUUUUACUCUACGCUUACCAUUUGGAAUAGUUUUAUACACAGGUAAAAUGAACACAAGCGCAACAUUCUUAGACUUGUAAUAUACCGCCAA